AUGUCAGAAGUGACUAUGGCCAGUCAUCUGCCUGAUAUAGUUCUCGGUCAACCUUUUGGAAGUGUUGGAAAACUUCUGCCAAAUCUGGAGAUGAAGAUUGUCGAUCCAGAGACGGGUAAAGAACAAGCAGCUGGCGAAAUUGGCGAGGUUUGCAUUCGAGGCCCGACAGUGAUGCCUGGUUAUUUUCACAAUGUCGAAGCCACAGAGCAUUGUAUCAGAGAUGGAUGGUUGCACACAGGUAUGCUGCUGAUGCCACUGUCCGCCUCGUAUGGC